GCUAAUCUUUCUCUCUCUCUCUCUCUCUCUCUCUCUCCCUCUCUCUAUCAACAUUCUUCAACGGAUCCGAAAACUGAAGCUGAAAAUAACUGAAAAAUCCUUAACCCUAGAUUUCAUUCAUAAUCUGCUUCUGCUUUCUCUCCUUCUCCCAUCCUUUUUCUUUGUCGUUGGAUGAGACGAACAUAACCAGAGCUAGAGCUAGGGUUAGGGUUUGAGAGAAUGGACGGUGGUGGUGGUGGCUCUGGCUUUUCACGACCAUGACUGGAAGCCGAUGCAAUCGGCGGAAGAUGAUGGGUAGGGGUGCGGAGGGAGGUUGCGGCACCGAGGAGAAACCUUGCCCUGUUUCUAGGGUGUCUUCCACCAAAAUUCUGGCAAGUGGAGAGGAACAUUUUGGUGUCGAUUUCUAUGUGCAGGCGCGGAAGGCUUUGUCCGUGCGUUCACCUUAUGAUACUGAAGAGGCCGUGCUCUCGAGGGUUCCUAUUCUUCCCUUUGGGUUGUCGGAUUUCUUGUCUAAGUAUUCUGAGAGUCGGAAGAGGCAUAAAAAAUCUCAUUCUGAAUCGGCGGGGAAGUCUUUGGGGCAUGAUUUGAUUGCACAGACUCCAACGCUGCCGAGCAUUUGGGUAGAGACUGAGGAUUGCUUCAGGCCAGUUACAUUGACCGAUAUUGAGAAUUUGGUUGCUGUGUCAUCUUUUGGUUCCUCUGCUAUUCAGGCUUAUUUAUCGAUUCCUUGGAUGUCGGAUGCUACUAUAAGGACUUGUGACAAUGCACUUGAAGUUAGUACUAGUUCACAGAAGAACGAGGAGGAGGAGGAGCAAUUUUUGGAAAUUGAUGGUGGGGGAGCUGAUGUAUUAUCUCAGAACGAAAUGGGUUCUUCAGUUAGACCUCCCACACUUUCAGAAGUUGGUACUUUGCCUCUGCCAGAAGAAGGGUCUUCGGUGGCAGAACCUUCCUCAUUGGCAUUGUCGUCUAUUGGUUUGCAAUGGUUGAUGGGUUCCAGGAAUAAAAGUCUACUAACUUCUGAGCGACCUUCCAAGAAAAGGAAACUCUUAGGUGGGGAUGCAGGUUUGGAAAGACUGGUUAUUACCCAGCCUUCUGAAGGACAUGAGUCACCUGUCUGCCAUGUUUGUUGCUUGUGUGGCAAUGGGGAACCAUUGAACAAAAUGCUGGUUUGUGAAUUAUGUAAAGUAUCAGUACAUCAGAAAUGCUAUGGUGUGGAAACUUUUCCAGAUGGACCGUGGUUGUGCUCUUGGUGCAAACUGACUGGUGCUGUUGAAAAUUCUAUUGUGGGUAAUGUAUCUGUGAACAAUGGUGAUGAUGUUUGGUUGAGGCCUUGUGUGCUCUGUCCUAAACAGGGUGGUGCUCUAAAACCGAUUGCCAAGGGAGCUGUUGAAACCGAAGACAUUGGCACUGUGAAGUUUGCUCACUUGGUUUGUUGUCAAUGGCUGCCUGAGGUGUACGUACAGGACUUGAGGACGAUGGAGCCAAUCAUGAAUGUUGAAGGAAUAAAGGGGACUAGGAGAAAAUUAGUUUGUUAUUUAUGCAAGGUUAAGUAUGGUGCCUGCAUUCGGUGUAGCCAUGGGACUUGCAGAACUUCUUUUCAUCCUAUAUGUGCAAGGGAGGCAAAACACAGGAUGGAGAUUUGGGGAAAGAUUGGAACAGAUAAUGUUGAACUGCGGGCUUUCUGCUUGAAGCACUCUGUAUAUCAGGACACUACGGUUACUCAACAAUCAAGUAGCCCUUUGCCUGUGGUUGAUGGUUGUGAGACUUCUGUAUCUCAGUCUUCUCUGACAUUGGUGGAAAGUGAACCACACAAUUCAAGGCUUGGAAUCAAGAGCGGAGAACAAAGCAUGGUCCAUUGUGAAACCACUGGUAUUAAUUCUAAUAAAUCUGGGGAUGUUGAGGGUACAGGACUGGGUUCAAGAUUUAGGCCUGAAUGCGGUGAUGCACAGCUCAUUACCAUGGAGGCUCUUGGAAGAAACAGCAAUGGGGAUAUUGGUUCGACUGACUCCCUUGAUUUUGUACGAAUUCUGAAGAAGAUAAUAGAUCAAGGAAAAGCCUUCGUGAAUGAUGUAGCAUUAGAGAUUGGCAUUUCGUCUGAAUCAUUGACUGCAACAUUUGCGGGAGAUCACCCCUCCUUUUCCCCUGGCUUGCAGCCCAAGAUAAUCAAGUGGCUUGGAAAUCAUGCUUAUAUGGGUACUUCACAGAAAAACUUGAAAGUUAGGAGCAGCUCCACAAUUUCAUCAAGGGCUGUGAUUGCAGGGCCUGAUGGUCCUAAUGGUGUCGCAGUCGCAGAUUCCAGUCACCCAGAUGCUGUUCCUGUCAAGUCAGUUCCACCAAGGAGGACGACAAAAAACAACAUAACGAUUUUGAAGGAUAAGAAAGUUUUAUGCUCCUCUGGGGAAAUACUUAUCAAGCAAAAUGAUGAUGGAACAGUGACAAGUGAAUUUAAUGAGCAAGCUCUUGUUCGUAAUGAAGAGUUGAAUGAUGGUUCUGGUAAUGAAUUUGUCUCUCUUAAUGGAGAUCGUUGCAAAGACACACAUGUCACUAGCAAGAUUAGCCUGGAGUCUUCAGGGCAUCAAGAGGUGGGUUCUUCUGUUGAUGAAUCACCUAGAUCUGAAGCUAUAGGUGCAGAGUCUGACAGAUUGAAGAAAGUUCAAGAUAACAUGGCUGAUACUUUUCUGCUGAAUACUUUUGUGGACUCUAAUGGUGAAGACUCUGCUUGUGCAGCUGAUAUUGUGACCCCGGUUAUGCAUAAUCCUGAAAGUAGAGAAGUAUCUUCAACGACUUAUAUUCAUCCAUUUAUCCUCAAGAGGAUGAUGCAUGUGCAGCAUAUGCUUUCCAAACAGGAAAACACAGCCCAUGAGAGUGUUGGUUCAAUUGAUAAAGACAUCUCUUCCAUUGAGGCAUCUGAUGGUUUAAAACUGAAACAGUUGAUUAAGGCUAGAACGAUGGGAAUCUUGGAGUACUCUCCAGAAGAUGAAGUGGAAGGAGAACUUAUUUACUAUCAGAAUAAGUUGGUUGACCUAACAGUUUCGAGCCAGCACUAUUGCGCAGCUGAUUUGAUUUUUAGGGUUGCGAAAAGUCUUCCAGAGGAGAUGGAUGCUGUAAGGAACCAAAAAUGGGAUGAUGUACUUGUCUAUCAGUAUCUGUGUGAACUUCGAGAAGCAAAGAAAAGAGGAAGGAAAGAGAAACGCCACAAAGAAGCCCAGGCUGUGCUUGCUGCUGCAACUGCUGCUGCAGCAGCUUCUUCGAGAAUUUCAUCAUUUAGGAAAGAUGGGCAUGAUGAACCUGGUCAACACAAGGUCAAUACUGUCAGUGGGAGGGCUGGGCCCCAUUCUCAGUUGAUGCCGCGGGCAAAGGAAACACUCUCAAGGUUGGCUGUAUCAAGUGCUUCAUCAGAAAAACAGUCCAAUAACUUCCAGUUGUCCACAGAUUUCUCGAAAGACAGUCCAAGAUCAUGUGAUGUUUGUAGGCGCUCAGAGAAAAUGUUGAACCCUGUCUUAGUUUGUAGCAACUGCAAGGUUGCGGUUCAUUUGGGCUGUUACCGUAAUGUGAAAGAUCCUGUUGGUCCAUGGUACUGUGAAUUGUGUGAAGAGCUAUUGCCAAGAAGCCCAGGAGCUAUACAUCCAAAUUCUCGGGAGAAGCCUUGUUUUAUUGUCCAGUGUGGUUUAUGUGCUGGCUCGACUGGUGCCUUUAGAAAGUCAACUGAUGGUCAGUGGGUACAUGCUUUUUGUGCUGAGUGGAUGUUGGAAUCAACAUUCAGAAAGGGACAAGUCAAUGCUGUUGACGGGAUGGAGACCAUUUUGAAGGAAAGAGAUGUUUGCAUUGUCUGUUGUCGAAGAGUUGGUGUCUGCCUAAAGUGUAACUAUGGGAACUGCCAAAGCACAUUUCAUCCUUUUUGUGCAAGAAAUGCUGGCCUUUACUUGCAUGUGAAGACUAGUGGAGGCAAGGUUCAACACAAGGGUUACUGUAAUAGGCAUAGUGUGGAGCAGAGAGAGAAGGCUGAGAUGCAGCAUCAUGGGGCAGAGGAGUUAAAAGGCAUCAAGCAAAUUAGGGUUGAACUUGAGAAGUUACGCCUUCUUUGUGAGAGAAUAAUCAGACGGGAAAAGUUGAAGCGAGAGUUGGUUCUUUGCUCACAUGACAUCCUCGCAUCAAAAAGAGAUGCUAUUGCAUUCUCUGUACUUGUUAAUAGUCCCUUCUUCCCACCCGAUGGUAGUUCUGGGUCAGCCACUACAUCCCUUAAAGGGCAUGAUGAACAUAAAUCCUUCAGUGAAGCUUUCCAAAGGUCCGAUGACAUCUCUGUUGACAGCACAGUUUCUGGUAAGCGCAGAUGUACAAUUCCUGUGCCCAUGGAUGUUGACCAACGGACUGAUGAAAGUUUAACAUCUCAACGCCCCGCUGCAUGAUUGCCGCUGCAUGAUUGCCGACAGAAAGGCCACCAUUGUCUGGGAAGCAACUCCCACAUAGACCUGUAUCGAUUGCCUCACGGAAUCUGACAUGACUUGGAAAGGAAAUUGAAGUCAAGGAAGCAAACUGAGACUUUUCCGAAAGAGCUGGUAAUGACCUCAGAUCAAGCAUCUGUGCAGAAUCAGCGAUUACCUAAAGGAUUUGCUUAUGUUCCUAUUGGCUGCCUUUCAAAGGAAACGCUAGUAGCCUGUGACACAGGUUCUCAUGAACCAUUGGAACGUGAAGGGUAG